AGUGAGGCCUCCUCUGUGAAAUGUAAACUGCAAGGUACCGCUCGUCCACCUGCAUUCUCAAUGGAUGGUGACUAUGUUAUUGGUGGUGUUUUUGCCAUUCACCAUUACAAGCAGACGCCGGUGCAUAAUUACACCGUCAUGCCUGAGCCACUAACGUGCACAGGGAGCAUUAACUCUCGUGAACUGCGCUUCUCACGCACAACGGUCUUUGCCAUCGAGGAGAUAAACAACAGCACAGAGCUGCUGCCUGGGAUCAGACUUGGUUAUCAGAUCCACGACUCGUGCGCCACAGUGCCCGUGGCAAUGCAUGUGACAUUUCAGCUUUCAAAUGGCCUGGACCCGGUGUUUAACACUGGUGACAAUUGCUCGCAAGCUGGUAAGGUAAUGGCUAUUGUGGGUGAGUCUGAGUCCACAAUAUCCAUCAGCAUGUCGCGCGCCAUCAGCCCCUUCAACAUUCCUCAGGUGAGCCACUUUGCCACUUGUGCAUGCCUGUCUGAUAAGCAGCAGUACCCAAGUUUCUUCAGAACAAUCCCCAGUGACCAGUUCCAGACCGAAGCGCUUGCCAAGCUGAUAAAACAUUUCGGCUGGACUUGGAUAGGUGCUGUCCGGUCAGAUUCAGACUAUGGCAAUAAUGGCAUGGCCUCUUUCCUGCAUGCAGCACAGAAGGAGGGGAUCUGUGUGGAAUACUCUGAAUCUUUACAUCGGACCCACCCACGAAGUAGAAUACAGAGAGUAGCUGACGUUAUCCGCAGGUCGACUGCUGUGGUUAUUGUGGCUUUUACUGCUUCUGCAGAAUUAACACUCCUGCUGGGAGAGCUGUCGCUCAAGCCUUCUCCACCUCGCCAGUGGAUAGGCAGUGAGUCCUGGAUAACUAACAGAGACAUGCUGAAGUUUAACUUCUGUGCUGGAGCCAUUGGAUUUGGCAUUCAGAAAUCUGUCAUUCCAGGUCUGAGAGAAUACUUGCUAGAUCUGUCUGCAACAAAACUGUCUGCCUCUCCAGUGCUCACGGAGUUCUGGGAGGAUGCGUUCAACUGCAGGCUGGGAAAAAAUGCAGCCGAAGACGAAACUGUGUGUGAUGGAACUGAAGACAUACAGACACUACAGAGCCCGUACACUGACACGUCUCAACUGCGGGCCACUAACAUGGUUUACAAGGCUGUUUAUGCAAUAGCACAUGCCAUUCAUAAUGCAGCAUGUGAGGACGCAAAUUCUACAGCUCACUGUGACAAAUUCACUAGGAUGGAGUCCAAACAGGUUCUUAACCAGCUCAAGAAAGUGAAUUUUUCCAAAAAUGGUUAUGAUGUGUCAUUUGAUGCCAAUGGGGAUCCUGUGGCCAGAUACGAGCUGAUUAACUGGCAACAAAGUGAGAGUGGCAGCAUUGAGAUGGUGACAGUAGGGCUUUAUGAUGCAUCACUGCCAGUGGGCCAGGAGUUUCGCAUCAACAGGAAUCUCACUUGGAUGGAUGGUGGCACACAUGUGCCUGUGUCAGUGUGCAGUGACAGCUGUCGUCCAGGAACUCGUAAAGUGCUUCAAAAAGGAAAACCCAUCUGCUGUUAUGACUGUAUACCUUGUCCUGAAGGAGAGAUUAGCAACACUACAGACUCCCCUGAUUGUUUCCCUUGCCCCAAGGAAUUAUGGCCAAACAAAGAGAAAUACAGUUGUUUCCCUAAGCCUGUGGAGUUUCUUUCUUUUGACGAGGUUCUAGGAAUCAUCCUGGCUGCAUUCUCACUUGGUGGUGCCUGUCUUGCCAUUUUAACAGCGGCUAUCUUCUUUUGUCACAGAACAUCCCCGAUUGUCAGGGCCAACAACUCUGAGCUGAGCUUCCUGCUGCUCUUUUCCCUGACUCUAUGUUUCUUAUGUUCAUUAACUUUCAUUGGAGCACCCUCUGAUUGGUCCUGCAGGCUGCGGCACACAGCUUUUGGGAUCACCUUUGUUCUCUGCAUCUCUUGUGUUCUUGGGAAAACUAUAGUCGUGUUAAUGGCUUUCAAAGCUACACUGCCAGGUAGUAAUGUGAUGAAAUGGUUCGGCCCUCUACAGCAAAGGAUGACUGUGGUAUCAUUCACAUUCAUUCAAGUUUUAAUAUGUAGUAUUUGGUUGUGUCUUAGUCCUCCUUUUCGAUUAGAAAAUCUAACAAUGUAUAAGGAGAGAAUCAUCCUGGAGUGUGCAUUAGGAUCAGCUAUUGGGUUUUGGGCUGUACUUGGGUACAUAGGCCUGCUAGCUCUCUUUUGCUUAGUGUUAGCUGUCCUAGCUCGGAAACUACCUGAUAAUUUUAAUGAAGCCAAGCUGAUCACCUUCAGCAUGCUGAUAUUUUGUGCAGUCUGGAUCACCUUUAUCCCAGCGUAUGUCAGCUCUCCUGGGAAGUUUACUGUGGCUGUGGAGAUAUUUGCAAUUCUGGCUUCCAGUUUUGGACUUAUACUGUGUAUCUUUGCUCCAAAGUGUUACAUCAUAUUGUUUAAGCCAGAGAAGAACACCAAGAAACAUUUAAUGAACAAACAUUAA